GAGCUUAGAAAAGUUACUGUAUACUGGAAAAUGGGUUCCUCGUUUGCCUAAUUUGGGGCCCAUUUCAGUUUAAAGCUUCAAUUUUUAUUUCAAAUACACGAUUUUCUGCCGUGUUAUUUUGUACAAGAAUGAAAAGUGCUUCUUCUUAGUAAUCUCACUCUUGCAGCUAAGUCACACAUGCCUCCAAACUCUUUCUAGUUUCAGUUUGCAUUGUUAAGUCCAUAUCUUGCGACCUUGUGAGUUUGUGUCUAAGAAUGGCUAAGCUUUUGUGAUGAGAAUGGUAGUUGGUGGCUUCUUGAAUUUCUGAGCUUUUGACUCUUCCUUCAGGUACCAAACUCUUUUCCUUUUUCUACCCCACUUGGAUCUUUUCAGAUUUUCUCCUCACUUCUUCAAAUUUGUCUUCACACUUUACCUAAUACUCUUAGAAAUUUUUUGUCUUCCGUUCUUUAUCAUUUCACCUCUGAACGGCAAUUUGAGCUUUGAAACACAGAAAGCCUCAAUCUUUAUCUUAUCUUAGAUUCCUUCUUCCCAUUUAUUUAUGAUAAUUGCUGAGGUGGAGUUCAAUGUCUUUCACGUGUAACUGAGAGUUGGGGUUUAGGAUUGAUUGUUUUAUCUCUUAAUUCGCCCCUCUGAGCAUAUCUAGAUAUGCUUGGACAAGGGAAUUGUCACCUUAGAUCAUCAUUCUUGCUAUGUAUGCUCAUUGGCCUCUUGAUGCAUUCUGUUGUGGGUGCUGAGAUUCCCUUGGGUUCUAAACUUUCUGUGGUUGACAAUGAUUAUUGGGUUUCCUCCAAUGGUGAUUUUGCUAUUGGAUUCUUCAACAUUUCCGAUCAACCCAACCAGUUUAGUGUUGGAAUUAGAUUCAAUUCCAAGUCUAUACCAUAUAGUCGACGAACUGUGGUUUGGGUUGCUGGGGGUGAUGUCACAGUGGGUAACGAGUCCUACUUUGAACUCACUCAAGAAGGGGAACUGGUCCUGUUUGAUUCCUUGCAUGAAGCUUUUGUUUGGACCUCUGGAACGGGUAACCGAUCUGUUGCAUCGGCUUCACUCCUUGACAAUGGAAAUCUUGUUCUAAUGGACAAAGAGCAACACAUCAUUUGGGAAAGUUUUAGGACUCCAUCUGAUACUCUUCUCCCAGGACAAAGUUUAUUCGCUAAUGAAAAGCUUCGUGCAGCAUCUGCAAUCAAGAAUAGCAAGUCUAGUUACUAUAGUCUUCACAUGAAUGCUUCUGGGCAUUUGGAGCUACAUUGGGAAAGUGAUGUCAUCUACUGGACAAGUGAAAACCCUUCUUCUGCUUCGAAUCUCAGUGCUUUCCUUACAACCAGUGGAGCUCUAGAACUUCGAGACCGAAGGUCAAAAGCUGUUUGGUCUGCAUUUGGACAGGAUCACAAUGAUUCUGUGAAUUAUAGAUAUCUUCGGCUGGAUGUGGAUGGAAAUCUUCGCUUAUAUUCGUGGGUUGAAAGUUUGGGAUUGUGGAGAUCGGUCUGGCAAGCUGUUGAGAAUCAGUGCAAGGUCUUUGCAACUUGUGGUGAACUUGGUGUCUGUGUCUUCAAUGCCUCAGGUUCUGCUGAAUGCAAAUGCCCGUUUCAGGUAACUGCGGGUAACAACAAAUGUUUGGUUCCAUUUGAACGAGACUGUGCAUCUGGCACCAAUAUGAUAGCAUACAAGAACACAUAUUUAUAUGCAUUCUACCCUCCUGAUAAUUCUGUUAUCACAAGUAAUUUGCAGCAUUGUGAAGAGUUGUGUCUGAAUGAUCCACACUGUACAGCUGCAACAUUUUCCAAUGACAGAACUCCGCUAUGUUCAAUAAAGAAAACUGGGUAUGUCACUGGCUAUUCAGAUCCAUCUGUAAGCUCAAUAUCAUUUGCCAAGAGAUGUUCAGGUCCAAUUGCUGUAAACCCAAGUUUCACAAAAUCUCCUCCUUCUGAACCACCUCCUCCUCUCUGUGUUCCUUGCCUAAUGGGGGCUGCCACAGGCACAUUUUUCAUCAUUGUUAUUCUCCAGUUGGGAAUUGUGUUCAUCUUCAAAAGAAAAAACUCUACCAGACAAAAGGCCACUUCAGGUUUCACUGGCACAAACUCAAAGGGUUUAAUUGUGUUGUCCUUCUCAGAAAUCAAGACCCUCACAGGGGACUUCAAGAAUCAAAUUGGGCCAAAGGUGUUCAAGGGUUUGCUACCAAACAACCUCCCGAUUGCACUCAAAGACCUGAACGCAACCUUAGAAGAAAGGAAGUUCCGGAGUGCUGUUAUGAAGAUGGGUUGCAUCCACCACAAGAACCUUGUGAAACUGGAGGGUUAUUGUUGUGAGUUUGAUCACAGGUUUUUGGUGUAUGAAUAUUGCAAAAAGGGUUCACUUGACAAGUACAUAGAUGAUCCUGCACUAUGCAAGAUGCUAACAUGGAGAAAGAGAGUUGAGAUAUGCUCAAAUGUGGCAAAAGCCAUAUGUUAUUUGCACUCCGGGUGCAGGGAGUUCAUCAGCCAUGGAAAUUUGAAAUGUGAAAACGUUAUGUUGGAUGAAAACUUGGUGGCGAAGGUGAGUGAAUUUGGGUUUGCUAUUGCAGAUGGGAAGGCAACGUAUUGUGGCUUUUCAGCUGAGAAGGAUAUAGAGGAUUUUGGCAAGGUAGUUUUAGCCUUGCUAACCGGAUGCCGUGAUCAUGAACAUGUUGAACUUUGUGGGUGGGCGUAUAAAGAAUGGAUGGAAGAGAGGGUGGUGAAUGUGAUUGAUAGAAGAAUGGAAGGAGGUUAUAAUUCAGAGGAACUGGAGCGUGUGUUGAGAAUUGCAUUUUGGUGCCUUCAAAUGGAUGAACGCAGAAGACCUUCCAUGGGGGAGGUAGUAAGAGUUAUUGAUGGAACAUUGAGUGUUGAUCCUCCACCACCUCCUUUUGUGUUUCAGAGGCCAUUGCAGGUAGAUGAUUCAGAGGAAAAUGUUUCAGAGUUUGAAGUGUAGAUGCUUUGCUUUUAUAUUUGAUGUGUAUAGUAGGACUGGACUAACUUGUAGAUGAGACAACAAAACCAUGUCAUUGUUUUUUGUGCCUUAACCAUUUAGUGGUAGUUGAACUGUGAAGACAAUGUUGUUCAUUUCAGAUCUGCAGCAUCUGGCUUAUGUUGUUUC